GUCAGUGAUACACUGGGACUGAGUGUGAGCCCAGGAUCAGUGAUACACUCGGACUGUCUGCCUCUCGCAUUUGUUCAGUGCUGGAGACAGACCGAGGAAACAAAACACUAACAGUCCCCCAUUUUCCUUCCCCGCCCCCUCCGUCUCCGCUUGGAAGAAGACCGGAGCCAUCAACUAUUCCCAGGAAGAGAAUUUGAGUGGAAGAAAGUGGAAUUUUAUUGAAAAAGUAAGUCUUGCUGUCUGUGUUAUUUGUCGGCAGUGGCCCCGCGGGCAGUAUCGCGCAUGGUUAACCGUUCGUACACCGGGCUGGGGAUCUCGGAGCUGUCAAAGAACCAGCGAAAGCCCGAUCCAAAACGGAGACGUGGUCACGGGGCAAGUAAACCGUGAGAAUACAGCCCAACGUCGUGGAGCUAGUGCUCCAUAACUCGGUGCUGAGUUUACAGAGGGCAGCUGGAUGUGCAGACGCUGCUGUGUCGCUGAGCUGGCUUCCCCCUUGCUCGCGUUUGAAGCCGGUUAUUGUGUUGAGGAAGUGCACGUGUAUUUAGUGUUUAUGUCUGGCGAUCAGUGAGAGGGGAUACUCUUACAGCACACACAUCCACAUCCAUGCUUCUCGGGGCAGGGUAGCACUCCUCAAGCCCAAUGGGCUGCCGUCCACUGGGUUUCUUUCCUGGCUGUCAUUAUUUGAAUUCGAUACUUAUGUAAACGUCCAGGUUGGAUUUCAGGUUAACGACACGUAUUUAACAGUUAUUUUCCCGUCAGCGCGAUUUCGUGACCCUCGCAAGGAAUAAGUUGUCCUCGUUUGGAGAUUAGCUGUCAAAUUUCUUCACUUUUACAUCCCGUGGGAGGCGAGGGAAGAGAAAUGACGGUCUAAGGAAUAGUAGCAUCACUUUAUAUUCUAUGUCGAAUGAGAAAUACCCAACAAAUAUCCGAGCUGUGGGGGAAGUGUGUGAUACAGUAUUUAGAAAAUACAUACAAGCAUACUAUAAUCUUGAAGGGCAGUAAAAGCUUCAGCAAAUUACAAAGAAGGAGUCAAGGAACCCCCACAUGGAAGACCCACAGGAUUUAAAUGAACGAUCGGUAAAGAAAACACAGCCAGAUUCAGAUGUUACAGAGCCUCAGAACACCAGGUCUAUGGAAAUGCAGGACCUAGCAAGUCCGCAUAAUCGAGUGAGCAGUAGUGAUGUUUCUGCUGGCUCAAAACUGGACAAGGCCAACCUGAGUAACACCUCAAUUAUAUCAAAUGGAACAGCGGGAGAUACCAUGACUAUUUUAAACACUGCAGACUGGUUGCUAGGUUGCAGCACCCCCGCCUCUGCAACAAGUAUGGCAGAUUAUGUGUCUCUUCUUGCAGUCAAAACAGAGCCAAUGAGCAGCAGUGACACUGCCACAACAACAGGAGAUGGAUCACUUGACAGUUACACUGGGUCAGUUAUAACAAGUAGUGGCUAUAGUCCAAGAGGAAUACACCAAUACUCACCACAGCUCUAUCCUUCCAAGCCAUACCCACACAUUCUUUCCACACCAGCAGUACAAUCAAUGACAGCUUAUGCUGGACAAACCCAGUAUUCAGGAAUGCAGCAGCCUGCAGUCUAUGCUGCGUAUUCUCAGACAGGCCAGCACUAUGGAUUGCCCGCUUAUGGAAUUAAGACAGAAGGGGGACUUCCACAAGCACAAUCUGCAUUGCAGACAGGAUGCCUCAGCUACAGUCCAGGAUUUGCUGCUCCCCAACCAGGCCAGACAGCAUAUUCCUAUCAGAUGCAAGGAUCCAGUUUCACACCAUCUCCUGGUAUUUAUGCAAGCAGCAACUCUGUUUCCAAUUCAACAAGCUUCAACAGUUCCCAUCAGGAUUACCCUUCUUACACAGCAUUCGGCCAAAACCAGUAUGCACAGUAUUAUCCAACUUCAACAUAUGGCACAUAUAUGACCUCAAAUGAUAGUGUUGAUGGUACCUCUUCAACGUCAACAACUUAUCAGCUACAAGAUCCUUCCACUAUCACUGGACAACCAGGUACAGAUCUUCCUGGAGGGGAGUUUGAUACAGUGCAGAGCCCAUCAACACCAGUCAAAGACCUGGAUGAGCGAACGUGUAGGAGUUCAGGGUCAAAGUCACGGGGAAGGGGAAGGAAGAAUAAUCCAUCACCACCUCCUGACAACGACUUGGAGCGAGUAUUUGUCUGGGAUCUUGAUGAGACAAUCAUCAUCUUUCAUUCUCUGCUCACAGGAUCGUAUGCACAAAAGUAUGGUAAGGAUCCACCUGUAGCAGUUACACUCGGACUUCGAAUGGAAGAGAUGAUUUUCAAUCUGGCUGACACACAUUUAUUUUUCAACGAUCUAGAGGAAUGUGAUCAAGUACAUAUAGAUGAUGUCUCCUCUGAUGACAAUGGACAGGAUUUAAGUACCUACAGCUUUGCAACAGAUGGUUUUCACGCAGCUGCCACCAGCGCAAACCUCUGCUUAGCAACUGGUGUGCGGGGAGGUGUUGAUUGGAUGAGAAAACUAGCCUUCCGUUAUAGGCGUGUAAAAGAAUUAUAUAACACCUACAAAAACAAUAUAGGAGGGCUUCUUGGUCCAGCAAAAAGAGAUGCUUGGCUUCAGUUAAGGGCUGAGGUUGAGGCUCUGACAGACUCGUGGCUGUCAAAUGCACUUAAGUCAUUGUCAAUCAUCAGCUCCAGGAGUAACUGUGUUAAUGUUUUGGUAACUACGACGCAACUUGUGCCAGCACUUGCCAAAGUCCUAUUGUAUAGCUUAGGUGGUGUUUUCCCUAUUGAAAAUAUAUACAGUGCAACCAAAAUAGGCAAAGAAAGUUGCUUUGAACGAAUUAUGCAAAGGUUUGGCAGAAAAGUAGUAUAUGUUGUUAUUGGGGAUGGUGUAGAAGAAGAACAGGCAGCAAAAAAGCACAAUAUGCCAUUCUGGAGGAUAUCGAGCCACUCUGAUCUGUUGGCUUUGAAUCAAGCACUGGAACUGGAAUAUUUGUAGUUGCCUUGAGCAGUACAGCCAGAGAUACAAUGUUAACAACCUACAUAGGAGUAUAUGAAGUUUCCCUCUGAUCUGAAACACCUCUGGCUUCCACGUUUGUCUUAAGAAAUGAAGAGAUAUCAUUUGUCAUGUGAGGCUAUUGUGAAUUCAAACUGCUGAACAGUGACUGGUACAUUAAAACUCUGCAUAAGGAACUAUGUUGGUCUUAGGAAAUAUUGUUCAUUAUAGAUAAAGUGCAAGUUGUGUGUAUUUUACAACUCUUCAAGUGAUUAUACAAUGCCCAGGAUGCUUGAACAGCUUUUACAAUGAACUAGUUCUUUUAAGAAGCAAGAAGCUGCUACCAAUGCAUCCGGCAUGAAGUUGUUCAACGGCAUUCCUUUGCCAUUGGAUGUUCUCAAUAAUGCAGUGUUUUAGCAAACUUUAGUCUGCUUAUCCAAGCUGAACCUGCAUUAAAGGUGCACUGGGCUACAUUGACAAUCACAUCUAGACCUGCAGUUUGUGUAACUUAGUUACUGUGACAGCUUACUCUAAGUUAGCAGCUGUAUUCAAAAAUGUAAUGCUUUUAUGAGGAUAGUCACUUUUUGUAAAGCUUGACAAGAAGAAUAUACAUAAACGAUGUGCUGUGCCUUAAAAUAAGACAGUGUUGGUGUGUUACAAUGUAACUUCUGUUCCACAAAUGUAUAGAUAAACUCUUUGUGAUGAUUAAUUUUUUGAAAUGACCAAAUUAUUAAAAGAAUCAGAAAUAAAAGAAUUCUGCGUUGUGUAAAGCAGAGAAGAAUUGUUCCAGACUGUUGGUCUAAACAGGAAAUUAAAAAUUGGAGAGUUUUUGUCUUUUUACUUGGACUUUUAGUGUUUAAUUGUAAAUUACAAUCCUUAAUGAUAUCCAGGAGAAACAUUUUAAUUUAAACUGUGAGGUAAUCUAUUUUAGUCAAUAAGAAACAGCUUGACACUUUUUGAUAUUAUGCUUGUCUUUACCAUUUCUGGGAGUUUCUAAAAGAACUUUUGGUUUGGGCACUUAUUUGAUUUCAUGCUAGUUCAUAUUUUCUUUAAAUCUGAAAACUGUAAUACCAAGAAUUCACUCACUUUAUAGAAGCUGUAUCCAAUCCACCUCCUGUCUCCCCAUUUGAUGUAUCUAUGAAUAAAGGGGAUGCGUGGAUAAGGAUUUUGAACACGUUUAUGGGCUUAUUGCAUCUUAGGAAGUGUCCAGUUUUCAUUGGCUGAUUCAAUCUACAAAUAAUAUAAAGGGAAGAGCUAACUAACUUUUACAACCAAUGUUGCAAUUUUCUUUCUAAGCCUGUAUUGUAGUUCCUAAUAUACAAUA